UAUUAAAUAAAUUAUAUCGUUAACACACUAUCAAGACAAGAACAAAACAAAGUUAUUUCGUAGUUUAUCCUUGAGAUUAGAGUGAGUGAGACAAUAUAUUUAGUAGGAAUGAAACAAAAUUUCCGAUUUGGGGAAAGCCGGCUCUGUAGUGCUCUGUGUGUGUUACAAACGGUACUCAUAUCUGUUACGUACGCGAUGUCUACCAAUACAGAUAUUAAGACGUUCUUUCCACAAAUAAAUGGAAAUUUUAGUCUUGUAACUUGGGCACAUGCAGUUAAUGAUAAGGAAUACCUUAAAAAGGUGCUUAACAAUGAUAAAAUAAUGAUGAUAGAAGCAGAUAUCGUUAUUGGAAAACUCAGUAACCAAGAAGACAAUAUUCCAAUUAUGGCUCAUCCACCCAACAAAACAUCUGACUUAAGUUUGCAAGAUUUUUUAGACCAAAUAAGCGACUUCAAUGAACAAGCAGGCAUUAACAACAGGCAAGGAAAAGGGGUAAAACUGGAUUUCAAGGAAACUGUGGCAUUUACUAGUAGUAUUGAAAUUCUUAAAAGACUAAAAAAAAGACACUAUCCAUUAUGGCUCAACGCUGAUAUUCUAGCUGGCUAUUUUGGAACAGCAAACAAAACUGAACCAGUAGAUGCUAAAACGUUUUUGGCAUAUGCAAAUAAUGUUGAACAAGUAACAUUGUCUUUGGGUUGGACCACUUGUAAAUGUGUUCCAGAUCAAACGUAUGGAAAUAUACAAAUUCAAGAAAUGAUAGACACUAUUCAUAGUAAUAAUGUAAUCAAUACUAUUACCUUUGCCGUCAGAGCUUGUUUAAUAGCCAACACAAAUAGAGACAAGAUGAAAGAGCUGUUAGAUUCAACUAAAAAUAAUAAUUCUAGUUUUACUAUUUGGUCACAUCACCAGGACGAAGUUAACAUUGACAGUUUGAAGAAAGUUAUUGCUCAAUUUGGAGUUGAAUCAAUGUUCUUUGACGUACCUCAAGAAUUGCGAGAACAGUUAGAUUUGAAUACAUAAAAUAAAUUGUUAAUACUGAUUUAAUGAUGUUAAUAUAACAAUUUGUACACCCUGACAUAAAA